CGUGACGUCGCCGGUGACGAAACGCGGCUUCCUAUAAGAGCGACAGGCAGCACGAACCCGCGACCAGAGGAACAUUGCGGCGGGGAAGGAGGGGGGAUGGAGAUAUCCUAUGCUUCCUCGAGUGCUACCGAUGUCACCGCGGGCGCUGGUGGCAGCGGUAGGAGGCCGGUGAAGCUCAUCCCUCUUCGCCACCCCGACCCUUCUUCCUUCUCUUCCUCCUCCAACCCCGUGAAGGGAUGGCUGGCCGAGCUCAGGCAGAUGACGCUCCUCCAGUGGGUGGAGCUCCUCUUUCCCUGCUCCCGUUGGAUCCGUACGUACAAAUGGAGGGACUGCCUUCAGUCCGACCUCAUGGCCGGCCUCACCGUGGGCACCAUGCUCGUUCCCCAGGCAAUGUCGUAUUCAAAGCUAGCGGGACUACAGCCAAUCUAUGGCCUCUAUUCCAGCUUUGUUCCCCUUUUUGUUUAUGCAAUAUUUGGCUCAUCAAGGCAGCUGGCAGUUGGUCCUGUGGCUUUGGUUUCUCUUUUGGUGUCAAAUGCUUUGUCUGGCAUUGUUGAUCCAAAUGACAAAUUAUACACAGAACUCGCUAUACUGCUGGCAUUUAUGGUUGGCGUAUUUGAAUGUAUAAUGGGACUACUGAGAAUGGGCUGGCUUAUUCGUUUCAUAAGCCACUCAAUUAUUUCAGGUUUCACCACUGCUUCUGCUGUAAUUAUUGCAUUGUCUCAAGCAAAAUACUUCCUGGGUUACAAUAUUGUAAGGAGUACCAAGAUUGUCCCACUUAUGAAAAGCAUAGCUGCUGGAGGGAGUAAGUUCUCGUGGCCCCCCUUUGUGAUGGGAACUAUCACUCUUGUGGUUCUUCUACUGAUGAAAUAUUUGGGAAAAAGCAAAAAGAAAUUGCGUUUUCUAAGAGCAGCAGGUCCUCUAACUGCGGUCAUUUUGGGGACAACUUUUAUGAAGUUGUCUCAUCCGUCAUCCAUUUCCGUGGUUGGUGAGAUACCACAAGGUCUUCCAACAUUUUCUGUACCUAAGGAGUUCGACCAUGUAAAGAGAUUGAUGCCAGCAGCCUUUUUGAUCACUGGUGUAGCCAUUUUGGAAUCUGUGGGCAUUGCUAAAGCAUUGGCAGCAAAAAAUGGAUAUGAGCUGGAUUCUAACCAAGAGUUGUUUGGCCUAGGUCUGGCAAAUAUUUGUGGUUCCUUCUUCUCUGCAUACCCUACAACAGGGGGCUUUUCAAGAUCUGCUGUAAACCAUGAAAGUGGGGCAAAGACAGGGCUAGCUGGAAUUUUCACAGGGAUAAUUAUAGGAUGUGCCCUCUUUAUCCUGACACCUUUGUUUACAGAUAUUCCCCAGUGUGUUCUUGCUGCCAUUGUCAUCUCUGCUGUAAUUGGUCUUGUGGAUUAUGAUGAAGCUAUUCUACUGUGGCGUAUAAACAAGAAAGAUUUUCUUCUUUGGACCAUUGCUUGUAUUGUGACCUUGUUCCUUGGAAUUGAGAUUGGGGUGCUCGUCGGGGUUGUGGCUUCCCUUGCUUUCGUUAUUCAUGAAUCUGCAAAUCCACAUAUUGCUGUCCUAGGCCGACUUCCUGGAACCACUAUCUACCGGAACACCCAACAGUAUCCAGAAUCCUACACUUACAGUGGGAUUGUAAUUGUCCGGGUGGAUGCACCUAUAUAUUUUGCUAACAUUAGCUAUAUCAGAGAGUGGCUACAGGAGCUUGUAGUAAAUGGUAAAAGAAGCACGGUGGGUGGCCCAGAAGCUGAAAAAGUUCACUUUGUUAUUAUUGAAAUGGAUCCUGUUACAUAUAUUGACUCCAGUGCUGUUCAAGCUCUGAAGGACCUUCAUUAUGUGUACAAAUCUCACAGCGUCCAACUCGCAGUGGUCAACCCAAAUCACAAAGUUUGGAAGAGGCUUACAAUUUCCGGAGUUCUGGAGCUCGUGGGCAAGGAAUGGCAUUUUGUGAGAGUGCAUGAUGCUGUUCAAGUGUGCCUCGAACAUAUGCUCUGGCUGAAAGAGGCACCAAGAGGCGCUGACAUGAUGAGGAAGGAUGAAAACGUUAUCCUGGAGGUAGGGACACAAAAUAAUGGUGAUUUGGACCCAGAAGGUGAAGCCCUUGUUUGAUAAAGGAUCAGUCUGGAUUGUCACAUCGUGCCUUUCCUAAAAUCCUCGUUAAGGCUCCGAUAUAGUUACUAAGCAUCUCUGCCAUCCUUGGCCGUAGGUACCAAAAAAUGUAUGGCAACCAUCGUUGCAUGAACUGGGAAAUAAUGGGCUUUGUAAUGUCUAUGUUGGUCGUAGCGUGUUACAUAUUUAUACUGCAACUAUCGUUGCAUGAUCUAGGCGAUAAUGAGCUUUGUAAUGUGUGUAACCUUUGUGUAUAUAUCGAAAUGGUAUGUCGCAGCAUGUUGUAGUAUUUAAAUGAAAGCUGCCUCCUUGC